CCCCUCCUGACGAGGGUCGCCCGAAGAUGACGUCACACAGAAGGUUGCCGUGCUUUUCGAGAACGAUGUUUACAAUCGUGAAGCCACAAAGCAGCAACUAGCUUAGGUUAUUAACAACAACACGUGUUUAGAUGUAGUUGUGUUUAGUGAUUGACUAUUAAUUGACAUUUCUACGCUGAUUAAUUCGCGUUUGAAGAUGAAUUGGUCCCGCCAGCGGAACGAACACGUUCGUUCGGACUGCGAGGAGCUGCUUGCUCGCUUCCAACAAACCGACUCUGUACGCUUUGAGAAUUUCUCCAGAAUAUGGAGAGAAAUGAAGUUCGGCCAAAUAUUUUACGGCACAGCGGGCCGCGAGAAGCGGGCGUUCAGCCGCCUGGUGUUGGACGUGGCCUUCGUCUACUUCCUGCCCCCGUUCAGCUUCCAGAUCCGAGUGGGAGGACUUUACCUGAUCUACGGCCUCUACCGGUGCCAGACCGCCUCGCCGCGCGUCGGGAUCCGCGUGGCGCUGAAGGACUGGGAGGACGUGCUGGGCUUCCAGAAGGACGCGCUCGGAGCGCGGCAUCUGGACGCCGUCUUCGUCCUCCGUCAGCUGCGCUUCCAAAGAGCCUUCCACUUCACCGCCACGCCCCGAGCGCUGACGUUCGAGCGGCGCGCCAAGGAGGCUCGUUCUCAGCUGGGCAACAAAUUCGUGGCGAGGGCCAGCGGCCCUCAGGAGCUCCUCGACCGAGACGCCAUGGAGGAGCUGUCCAACGUCCACGAGCUUUACGGCCGGCUCAAGUCGUCCGUCUACUCGCCGGCGCAGCGGGAGCGGCUGGGCGUGGACCUGACCCGCGAGAACUUGCCGGCGCGGCUGCGAGGGCACGUGGUCGGCUUCCACGGCUGGCAGAAGAGGGAGCGGCAGGAAGCGAGCGACGGCGACGAGGGCGUCAGCGAGGGAACGUCCGCCCGAGCGGAGAGUUCCCGAAGAGCUCGACUCCUGUCAUCCAUCAAGUCCAAAGCGUACGGACAAGCGGCCGAGGCGUGCAAGUCUCGCCGCCAUCGGCAGGUGGAAGUGGAUGCCGGUGACUCGUCUGGCCCCGCCCCCCCGAAAGGACGCAGCACGUCCAGGAGAGUUUCGCUCAAAGCGAGAACCCACGAGAACGUUCGCAUCGCAGGUGAAAUGUGGAAGGAGGCCACCACGCCCACGAGCAUCAAUCGUCUCACCGCCGUGGACCGUGGCCCCGAAGGUAUCGUCAUCGGCGGCAUCGGCGUCACAUUCUCUGACGCUUUUUCUUUGUCUUUUCAGCCAAAAAAGAAGGAAGAUCGUGAAGACUCUGUUGAGCAAUGUUUUGUGUCGAGCAGCGUCGACGAAGGCAAAGGCGCUCGACGUUUACGUGGCCGCGAACGCAGUUUCAUGGUGCAACUUUGGAAGACAACGGCGGCCGCCUUCCUCGGGCUUUUUUCGCUGCCAGCAAGUUUUUAUGAUUGGAAGGUUUUCUAUGUUGCGCAGCAGUACAUGACACGUUUGGAAUUCAAAAUCCUCAAAAUUGGCAGACAUUCAAGUGAAAUCCUUUGUAUUAUUAUCUGACCGAAGUCAAAUUGAAUCUUUUAUUUGUGCUCGGCGGCCACGUUUGGCUUUGAAAAGGGACAAAUGGGACGGCUCGCUCGGAGCCGUCCCAUUACCCCAAAAAUGGAUUUCAAAGGUGUAUGUGAAAGUUGUACAAUUGUUUAGUUGAACCAUAAAACAUUUGAAUGAACUGGAUGUCAAAUUGUUCAAUUUACUUUUUCAAUAACAGUUAAUCAAUUCACCAUUGAUACUAAUAAUUACAUUUUAACUCACCAAUUUCAAGCCCAAAAACAAAACAAAGUGGGGAACGGAUUCUUCAAGGGAGGAAUUCUUCAGGCGCUGGAUUGUGUAAACGCUCGCUAGGCCGGAUUAAAGAUCAUCCAGUAGA